GGGCAAUUUUUAAGUGGAAACGCAAUAACUACUGCACUUCUUGCUAGUUAGUACUUAGUACUAAACUACUAAUGCCAAAUCCACCAUUCUCCAUUGCCUGCCAAACACGUCCUCUCUCAUUUUCCCCUCUUUCCUUUCUUCAUUGCCCUUUUUAUUUUUUUUCUUUUCUCAUUCAACUUCAUUACCAAACUUUCAGCUUUAUGCUCAAUUAUAUAUAGGGACUUCACUAAUUUUGCUCCCCAUGAAUUUAUGUUAGGCAAAAAAAUGUCCUUUUUUGGGUUGUAAUAGUUGUUUUUGAUCGUGAUCGUGAUUGAUAAUUUGCUUUCUGGCUUUGAUUUUGAUUGAGAAUUUGGUUUUUUGGGUUGUUUCUUUUUCUCUAUAUAUUUUCUUAGGAGAAUUUUGAAAUGGGUUUUUGUUCUUGCUCUUUGCCUGCACACUUUAGUCCAGAUCUACUCAGGCCCCAAUUCACUUGGAGGAACAAUCUGCAAAAUCUACCUAAACAUAGAUUCAAUCAGGUCAAGAGAAGGCCAUAUGGAGUUCGGGCUUCAUUGGUAGAAAAUGGAGAGUAUCACUCUGAAAGACCACCUACUCCCCUUCUGGACACCAUCAACUAUCCCAUUCAUAUGAAAAACUUAUCUGUUAAGGAGCUUAAACAAUUAGCAGAUGAGGUGCGGUCCGAUGUUAUCUUCAAUGUUUCUAAAACAGGUGGUCACCUUGGUUCCAGCCUCGGCGUUGUAGAGCUUACUGUGGCUCUUCAUUAUGUCUUUAAUGCUCCUCAGGAUAGGAUAUUGUGGGAUGUUGGUCACCAGUCUUACCCACACAAGAUCCUGACGGGAAGAAGAGAUAAGAUGAGAACAUUGAGACAGACUAAUGGAUUGUCAGGGUUUACGAAGCGUGGGGAGAGUGAAUAUGAUUGCUUUGGAGCAGGUCAUAGUUCAAACAGCAUUUCAGCUGGCUUGGGUAUGGCUGUGGGAAGGGAUCUAAAGGGUAGACAGAACAAUGUGGUUGCCGUUAUAGGCGACGGUGCCAUGACUGCCGGACAAGCCUUUGAGGCAAUGAAUAAUGCAGGAUACCUCGAUUCUGACAUGAUUGUCAUUCUCAAUGACAAUAAGCAGGUCUCUUUACCCACUGCCACUGUAGACGGGCCUAUUCCUCCUGUAGGAGCUCUUAGCAGUGCUUUGAGUAGAUUGCAGUCGAACAAACCUCUCAGAGAAUUAAGAGAAGUUGCCAAGGGAGUAACCAAACAAAUUGGAGGGCCCAUGUAUCAGCUAGCUGCCAAAGUCGAUGAAUAUGCUCGAGGGAUGAUUAGUGGUUCAGGAUCAACUUUGUUUGAAGAGCUUGGACUUUACUAUAUUGGUCCUGUGGAUGGUCACAAUGUUGAUGAUCUUGUAUCUAUACUUAAAGAGGUUAAGAGUACAAAAACAACAGGUCCAGUGCUUAUCCAUGUCGUGACAGAGAAAGGAAGAGGAUAUCCAUAUGCAGAGAGAGCUCCAGACAAAUACCAUGGGGUGACCAAAUUUGAUCCAGCCACUGGAAAGCAGUUCAAAGGCCAAUCAACGACUCAGUCUUAUACAACUUACUUUGCGGAGGCUUUAAUUGCAGAGGCAGAGGUAGACAAAGACAUAGUUGCCAUUCAUGCUGCCAUGGGUGGUGGAACUGGCUUAAAUCUCUUCCAGCGACGCUUUCCAACACGCUGCUUCGAUGUUGGAAUAGCUGAACAGCAUGCUGUAACAUUUGCAGCUGGAUUAGCUUGUGAAGGUCUCAAACCUUUCUGUGCGAUAUACUCAUCUUUCAUGCAAAGGGCUUAUGAUCAGGUAGUUCAUGAUGUGGACUUGCAAAAGAUUCCAGUGAGGUUUGCUAUGGACAGAGCAGGCCUUGUAGGAUCUGAUGGCCCUACCCAUUCUGGCUCCUUUGACGUCACAUUUAUGGCUUGCCUCCCUAAUAUGAUAGUAAUGGCGCCUUCAGAUGAGGCAGAACUAUUCCACAUGAUUGCCACAGCCGCUGCUAUUGAUGAUAGACCAUCUUGCUUCCGCUAUCCAAGAGGAAAUGGAGUUGGUAUGGAGUUGCCACCUGGGAACAAAGGCAUUCCACUUGAGAUUGGUAAAGGCAGGAUUUUGAAGGAAGGAGAGAGAGUGGCUGUCCUAGGUUAUGGUGCAGCAGUUCAGAACUGUUUGGCUGCAGCAGCUUUAGUUGAAUCUAGGGGCUUGCAUCUAACAGUAGCAGAUGCCCGCUUUUGUAAACCAUUAGAUCAUGCUCUUAUACGUAGUCUAGCUAAAUCUCAUGAAGUUCUGAUUACUGUUGAGGAAGGAUCCAUUGGAGGUUUUGGAUCUCAUGUUGCCCAGUUCAUGGCUCUUGAUGGCCUUCUUGAUGGCAAAGUAAAGUGGCGGCCUUUGGUCCUUCCUGAUCGAUACAUUGAGCAUGGGGCACCAGCUGAUCAGAUGGCAGAAGCUGGACUUACAGCAUCACAUAUUGCCGCGACAGUGUUCAAUAUCCUUGGGCAAACAAGAGAGGCUCUUGAACUCAUGUCAUAGAGUGGAAUUUUUUCAAGCUUCUAGUGACAAGUCGCUUGCAACGCCCUGUUGUUAUCUUACUUGGGAUUGUUGAUGAUUAAUGUUAGAUUGGUAGUUUGGUACAUAAGUAGCAUGUUUUUAUAGCAUGGAACCACAGCAGAUGAUGUAACAUGGUAGUUAGUUGAGUUUAAAGCACCAAGUCUAUAAACGUUUAUACUUCAUAGAAUUACUCAAUAUUCCUGAACAGGGAAGAUAUGCCAUUUUGUUUCUUUGAUAAAACAUAGAGGAUGACUUGUCCUUCAAUAAGUAGUAGAGGUGUACAUAGUUUUGUUUUGUAGUA